AUGUCGAGAAGUACUUCAGUGGUUCAACUGGACUUUAUCCGAGGAGCUACAAAAGAAAAUGACGAGCUUGGGAAGCCUAUAGUUGCAAUUACUUCCACAACCAGGAGAGGUCAAAGCAAGAUCAUGCCAUAUAUUAAUGAACGGGCAUAUGAACUAAUAAGAAUUUCACACCCAAGUCAGCGAGAGCAACUGGAAAAAGCAGCAUUUGAAAGGAUGAAAGUGAUGCCAUCAUCGGAUUAA